UGUUACGCGCAAACAAAAACAUUAGCAUAUUAUGAAAAACAAAAAGAAACUUGGAAGUAGACACAGACAGUUUUUGCAGUGAGAGUUGAGUGACCCAAAAACACUCCAAAAACCUUUCCAUCUUCGCCUUCUUCUUUUUCCCCCACACUUCAUUUCAUUCACUGCUUCGUUUUUUUUGAAGCCUAAUUUCUACGCACUCAACUAUACGAACCUUAAGAAUAGAUUGUAAAUGUUCUGAGCUUUCUCAUGGAAACAAAAGAACAUCAUGCUGUUGCACCGAAAAAACCAACUCUUACACCUAAGGCUAUAAUACACCAAAAGUUUGGCAAAAUGGCUUGUUACGUGGUAGAGGAAGUGAAGGAGGUCUGUCAAACUGAAUGUCCAGGUUUAAGCAUUCCACAGACGGGACCCUGCCUUUUCCGUUGCACAUUGCAGCUUCCAGAAGUUACGGUUGUGUCAGGGACUUUUAAGAAAAAAAAGGAUGCAGAGCAAUCUGCUGCAGAGAUGGCUAUAGAGAAGCUUGGUAUCAUUCCAGAAACAAUUGAUCUCACUCCUCAGGAAGCACAGGAAAGUUUAGUUGCUCGAAUCGCCUAUCUAUUUUCAGAAAAAUUUCUCGUAUCUGAUCAUCCACUCAGUGGUCACAUUCGAGCUACUUUGAGGAGGAAAGGCGAUCGUUGCGGAUCAGUUCCUAUUUCUGUCAUUGCUGUCUGUGAUGCAAAGAUUUUCAGUUUGUGUAAAUGUAUUAAUCCUGAGGUGGAGUCAAAUCCAUUUCUGGUUCUUUCAUAUGUAGUACGGGCCACUACAAAGUUACACGAGUUUCUUGCUACAUCUGAGCAGCAUCUCUGGAUUAGAAAGCUGAGUCCAUAUUCACAAGAUAUUAUAGAGUCAUUAAUGAAAGAAGGUGAUUCACAUGAAUGCAUUCCGGUUGCGGCCAUAUGCAUUCCUAGUUCGAUGGAAAAACAUGUUGAAGCAGUGACUCUUCGUAUAUCUUUAAGACAAUACUACCUUGAUAUCAUUGCAAAUGAACUUGGUUUAGAAGAUUGCGCCAAUGUUCUGAUUUCAAGGAAUAUAGGCAAAGCUUCUUCUGAGAUGAGACUGUUCUUUGCUGCUCAACAAUCAUAUCUACUGGAUCAGUCUUUUAUAUCUGGAAAUGGAAAAGAAACGGAGGGAUCUCUAAAUGUUCGGGCAAGAUACUUGUCUGGGCAAGAUAUAGUUGGUGAUGCAAUAUUAGCAUGCAUCGGAUAUACUCGGAAAUCUAGAGAUCUUUUCUAUGAGGAUGUAACUGUUCAGUUGUAUUACAGGAUGCUUCUAGGGAAGACUCCAGGAGGCGUUUACAAAAUAUCCAGAGAUGCCAUACUCACAGCUGAGUUGCCUUCAAGAUUUACCACAAGGGUUAACUGGAGGGGUUCCCUUCCCAGAGACAUACUUUGUAUGUUUUGCCGCCAGCAUCGCCUGUCGGAACCUCUCUUUUCUGUUUUAAGUCCUCCUUUCAAAAUACUAACCGAAUCAUCAGAAUCAUGUUUUAAAGCUGCAGACUCGGGCACAGAUGUGAUUGAAUGUGCCAAUGGAGCUUCUAAAAAUGCAUGUCCAAAGCAAUCAGAUUCAGAGAUGUUUAAAUGUGAAAUAAAGUUACGUUCUAGGUGUGAGGAUGUAAUACUUUUGUGUUCCCCUGAGGAUUGUUAUAAGAAGCAGAACGAUGCUAUUCAGAAUGCUUCAUUGAAACUUCUAUCAUGGCUGAACAAGUAUUUUAAUUGUGUAGCUGCUCCUUUUGACCAGCUUUAUGAGACUGCAAGCAACUCCAACAUCCACAUUUUUUCCAAAAACCUUUUCAGAGAAAUUUUAACUGGCCAAUCGAAUCAGAAUUGUCAGCUUUAUGCAAUGGAAUGCAAUAAAUUACUUGAAUCACAAGACAUGUCAGGAAAUGAGGUUUAUUCAUUAAAGAUUGAAGGUCCAGACUCUGGUGUUUGUCCAUGCAAUGGAUCUUUACCUUGUAUUAGUUAUUCAGCAUCUUUGGUCGUGGAGGGUGAAAACAUGAAAGAAGUUAUUGAAGUUUGUAACGAGUUUGAGUUUGAGAUCGGAGUUGGUGCUGUGGUUUCCUACAUUGAGGAGGUUGUGAUGCAGAUGUCUGUUGGCCAGUAUGCUUAUUUCAAUACGAACUUGGUCACUUCUGAUUUGAUUUUUGCUUCAGCUAGUGAUUCAGCUAAAAUGUUGUCCUUGUUAUCUUCUAAGGCCUGCUAUGUGGAGUAUGAAAUUAAUUUGACCAAAGUUGCAGAACCUCCAGAGGAAAGAAUGGAGCAGGCUCUUUUUAGCCCUCCACUUUCAAAGCAAAGAGUGGAAUUUGCAGUGCAACACAUUGUAGAAUCCCAUGCUACUACUUUGCUUGAUUUUGGAUGUGGAUCUGGAAGCUUGUUGGAAGCAUUGCUAAAUUACACAACUUCUCUGGAGAAAAUUGCUGGUGUUGAUAUUUCACAGAAAGGUCUCACUCGUGCUGCAAAGGUACUGAAUUCAAAAUUAGUUGCAAAUUCAGAUGCUGGUGUGACUACAAAAUCACUUAUACUUUAUGAAGGCUCAAUUACAAAUUUUGAUUCCAGGUUACAUGGGUUUGAUAUUGGUACUUGUUUAGAGGUGAUUGAACAUAUGGAUGAAGAUCAAGCUUGUCUUUUUGGGGAUGUGGCAUUAAGCAGUUUUUGUCCAAGGAUUCUCAUUGUUUCUACACCAAAUUUUGAAUACAAUGUAGUGCUCCAGAAGUCGAGUCCUCCUACCCAUGAACAGGAAGAUUUGGACGAGAAAACCCUCUUACAAUCAUGCAAGUUUCGCAAUCAUGACCACAAAUUUGAGUGGACCAGAGAACAGUUCAUACAGUGGGCAUCCGAAUUGGCUGCACGACACAAUUACAGUGUGCAGUUCAGUGGUGUUGGUGGUUCUGUUGAUGUUGAACCAGGUUUUGCGUCACAGAUUGCAGUGUUUAAACGGGAAUGGAGACCUGAAGAUGAUGUCCAGAAGCAUACUGAUAUAAAAAACCAUUAUAAUGAAAUAUGGGAAUGGAAUAGUAAAAACAGAUAACUUUUUUUUUUCUUUAAAGGAAGCUAACAGAAUGAAACUUGUACAGUUCUGAUUGCUGGGCUUGCCAGAAAACAAGCAAAAUAGAAUGGAUUCUAGGAGAUAAGAUUAAGGAAGGAAGUAUUGGGAGGUUUGGUUAAGGCAUGGAUUUGGUUAGAUCAUGUCUUGUGGCCUCUGUUCAUAGAGUCUGAAAUUGGUUGCAAGAGAAAUGUUCUGAGAUAUAUAUUAUAUGUAGGUAGAUGGUAAAAAAGUUAGGGUCUUCCCCUGGAGUCUGAUGAAGAUUUAAAGGAUAGCAGUAUAGUUUCUGGAAUAGGCAUGGUAGUUUCUAAGGUGAAUCCUAAACAGAUAAUGACAUGUUUUGGUUAUAUUUUGCAGCCAUCAAAACAUGAGAUUGUGUUUUGUUUAUUUUCUUCAAUUCUCACGUGUAUUCGUAAAUACUAAUCAGAAAGUAAAAGUGUUAAUCUUUUGUGUUUAA